AUGACAACAGAAGCACACCAUGAACGUAAUAUAAGUCCUCCAAAUCCCAGGCCUUCGACUUUUGCUCCCUCGUCGUUGUCUAAAUUAACUAAAGAUAAAUUGGCUACUAGAGACGUGUUGGGAAGAAAUAUCCUACAUCUAGUUAUCUUAUGGAACAGAAGCGACUGGCUCCGACAUUUACUCAAGAAUCCUGAAAUCAAAAGUAUCAUUAGCAAAACCGACUAUGAAAGCGGCUGGAACUGUCUUCAUUAUAUCAUAUUUUUUAAGAGACUCGCUUGUUAUAAGGUCCUUCUUGAUUAUUUAAAGACAGCAAACCCAGGAACAAAUUCGCUUCUAUUGGUGAACAAUUCGUUAUUGUUCGACCUAAUAAGAUGUAAGGACCGUGCAAGAACGACUCCCCUUCAGUUACUAGACAAUGAUUUCAAGAACAUGAUGUGGUUUCCAGACCAUAUUACCGAGCAAGAUGAGAUACUUUUCAGUCAAAGAUUUUUACAGGAAGAUCCCCAAGUAGGUAAAGAAGGUAAAGAGACAUCAGAUCAUACGAGGAAGCUACGCUCUCUUAAGGAUCGUCACAACUGGUGGGAUCCUAAGAGAUUGGGAUCGGAUAUCUACAUGUUUGGAUCAAAUUUAAAUAAUAACUUAGGAGUGGGUGACUCAACCGAUAGACAUAUCCCUUCCAAACUCAUGAACAGUACGUUCUGUGAAGAGGACAGUCAAGACUACCUUGACCAACCACGAUUUAAGGCAGUUAAGUUGUCCAAAAAUCAUUCUGUCAUUCUAACCAAAGAUGGGUCUCUCUACUCGUGUGGUAUAGGAUCUCGAGGAAGACUUGGUCAUGGUAUUGAUAACAUGAACAAUAGUUACCGGUUCAAGAAGAUUGAGUUUUUCGUGGGUCAGACAGAGAAGAAGAUAGUAAAGGACUUCUCAAUAUCUACUGACCACACUUUAGCGGUGACGACUUCCAACGAGGUGUUUGCCUGGGGAUUGAACUCUUAUGGCCAGAUUGGGUACAAACUGAUCAACAACUCUAACACGAACACUUCAAAGGAGUUCAGUGAGCCGUUCGAGGCAGAACCCAGGUUGGUAUAUGGUGGUGAUUUGAAGAAAAACUCUUUGAACAUAAGAGGUACAGCCGCUUCAAAAAUUCACUCUUUGGUGUACACGAAGUUUGAUAUCUUCUUCUGGGGAUUAAAUAUAGGGCAAAUGGGAUUCCCCCAAGAUGCUAAGGAUUCUUUGGACCAUAAGGUCUAUGGCUCAACUUUCAAAGGUUCCAUUCAGCAUCAACCAAGGUGCAUCACCUUGAGAGAUGAAAUCAAAUUCGUUCAAACAUGUGAGGCUUGCACUUGUGUCGUAACAAGCAACAAUGAGCUACACCUCUAUUUCCAGAACCAACAUGUCAAGCUUCCACGGGUUCAGUCCAGAGGUUCGCUUGACAAGAACUUUCAUAUUUUCUGCCCAGCAAAGUUGUCGAAACCAGCUGUAAUUGUGAAAGUUUGCAUGAAAUCCCACGAGAAUAUUGCUUUAUUGUUGGAUAGUGGAGAUGUUGUUGGAUUUUCCGUUGAUGUGAACUCCAAUUUAGCUAAAAUGUCCAAGAGUUUGAGGUAUUCCUCCCUCUGGAAGUCACACGACCGGGACUUAAGGGUUACUGAUUGUGACACUUCUGUCGAUGGUUCCAUAGCAUUAACCACCGCAAGUGGGUUGGUUUUCAUGAAGGAUUCCAAUAACCGAACCAGAAAGAAUUCGAUGUCAGAAACUGCCUUGCCUAUUCCUAUUAAAAACAAGUUCAGACGUAUUGACUACGUCAACAAAAUAACUAGGGUUUCAUGUGAUGAAAACUUUGCUUCAUUUGGGUUCAUCAGGGAUGACAUUGACCAAAUUCCAUUGAAAAUCCAGGCAAACACGUACAUGAAAGACAUUGAAUAUUUGAGUAUAUUGAAUGAACCAAACUUGUACCGGAAACAAAACCAAUUGUUUCUGUCGGAGAAUGGGAGUAUUUCGUACAUUACAGACUACAUAUACCCUGUUUACGAUGAAGACGAAUAUGAAAGCGAAGAUGAAGAUUGUACAGAAGUGCAAGACACCAAACUUAAAAUGGACGUGUUGUUCAACAGGUAUUCUAACAAAUUUGAUGCCACAAACAAUAAAAGAGUCAGGACUCGAUUCACGUAUGAGCAAAUUGCUGAAAGUGAUAUGGUACUGAAAAAACAAUACUUGAAGAUUUCUCCCAUUAGCUUAUUCAUAGAGCAGUUCUCCGAAAACAUUCAACAAGAAGAUAAGAAUUAUGAUGCAAUUAUUCUGUUUGAGGAUCAUCCAGAUAUGGGUAUAGGUUUUCACCAGCGGAUAUUCAGAGUCAGAUCACCAUUCUUCAAGAAACUCCUUCAAGUACUGGAAGACCAAGUAUUUGUUAAGGGGAAUAUUAGUGGACAAUUUUCUGGAAACCGGUUGAUUUUCAAUUCUGGUAUAAAUGUCAAAGCAGCUCUAAUAUUGGUUCAUUUCAUUUACACAAACAGAGUGAUAUCAAUAUGGGAUGAUUAUCCCACUGGAAUUCAUUGUCCAUCUGACAUCAAGGAAAUCAAGCACCAUUUUGAAAACUUGGGAAGAUUGUUCGAAGUAUUUGAUCUUUUUGGAAACCUAACAAAGGAUGAACGAUUCUUGAAGGAUAUGAGGUCUUUAUAUGAGGUAGAUCAAGAGGACGGGGAUUUGACAGUUAUUUUAGCUGAUGGUCAGGUCAAGUGUUCAUCAUUUAUUCUCACUAGUCGAUCUGCAUUCUUUGAAACCACAUUGGCAAGUAGAUGGAAUCCGGGACUCAAUUUUCUAGAGUUUGACAAGGUAAGUAAAUGUCAAUUCAACCUAGUUUUGAAACACAUGUAUGGAUUCAGUGAUUAUUCAGUCUUUAAUGAUCUCAGGCAAAAAUGUGAUAACAAGAACGAAUUCAUUGGUGCUUUACUUGAAAUCAUCCAAAUAGCGGAUGAAUUAUUGUUGUUCCAACUCAAAAACCUUUGUCAAGUAGCAAUUAAAGAUUUGAUAUCCUUAGAGAAUGUUGUUGUUUUAUUAACGUAUUCGAAUGAUUUAAAGGCCAAAAAGUUGUUCAUCAAUUGCUGUUGGUAUAUUUUCAACAACUUAGAGAUUAUACUAUUGGAUCCCACUUUCCUUGCUAUUCCCAACGAAGUGUUGGUUAAACUUGAAAACGAGAUUGACUUGUUUGAUACCGACCAAGGCGAGCACUUACGUACCACUACUGGAACUGAAGUUGUUACUUCUGCAAAUAGAGCUAUAUCAAAUCAAUUGGUAAGCGAGUUCAUUUAUAACCAAAAGGAAUUCAAUAAGCAUUUCAUGAGUGAUGCUAGAGGAUUCCUGUCUUUUGAACCUUUGAUUGACGUGAAGAUGGACAUAAAGACAGAUCAACCUAAGCGGCAGAGGAAGAGUUCCAGAAAAAGCUCUUCUCACCAAGAACUCAGAGAUGAGCUUGCGGAAAUCAGAAAAGCAGCUUUGACACAAGUACAACAACAUGGAAAUGAAAGUGCUAUUGAUGUAGAGGAUGACUUUGAGGUGGUGAAGUCAUCUCGGAAAAAGUCCAAUGGUAAUAUCAAAAAAACGGUGGACUUCAGCUUGAAUCUGGCAAGAUCAAUAAGCCCUCCCUCCACUUUGAAUUCUGUUCCUUCGUCUGGAAACUCCUCGACUUCGGACUUGACACGGGCUUCUUCUGUUUCCACCAGUGUCCGAAAACCAGUGCAUGCACCUUCUUCACGAAUCCAGAACAACAACCACGAAGCAUUAUUUCCUGUGCUUGGAAAGCAAGCUCCUACUCCCAAGCCAGUUCCUAAGCCAUCGGAGCAAACAUCUUUUGCUACAGGCCUUAGUCCCCAUUCCAAAUGGGCAUCCAAGUCCAACGGGUCUUCAAUUUUGAAACCUCUUCAUAUGAACAAAGCUGCUGCAAGUUGUUCUUUUCAAUCUGUGAACUCCGUCAGUUUAGAGCCUGACUGGCUUACAAAAAAGCAAAAACCUAAGAUGGCACCUAGUGUUAAACUUUCCCAAAAGGAAAGAAAAAAGCUCGCCAUUCAGACAUUUGAUGAGCCCGUUGGAACACCUGUCCAACAGACAUUCAGUUGGGGUUCGGAGGGUAGCACCUCAAGUUUUGUUCAACCAGCCAAGGACACUCGAUCGUUUCCCACUCUUGGUAAGGCCAAGAGGAGAUCCAAGUCACCCCUGCCAAAAGCUUCUCCAUCGCCUAGAGCGGGCACAGAUGUAAGUCAAGAAGCGAACGUUUCUAUAGAGAGUGAUUCAGGCAGCCUUUCACUCAUAGACAUAAUGCUUGAAGAGUCACUAAAGAUUGAAGAAGCCAGACAAAAUGAACUCCAGCGGAAAAGCUUACAAGAGAUUCAACAAGAACAAGAAUUUGCUCGGUGGUGGGAAGAAGAGGCCAAGAGGGUUCAAAUGCAGAUGCAAAAUAUACUGAUCAAACCGCAAAAGAACUCGAAGAAGAAGACUCGAAAAGUUAGUAACUAG